GGAAACGAGCUUGGUCACCAAGAAAAAAAAAAAAAAAAACUUUUUUUCUUGUGUUUUGGUUUUGGCUCUUCACCAAGAAAAAAGAUUCUAUAGGAGCAAAGUACGGAGAUUUUACAGAAAAUGAGUCUAAGCGAUUCACUCGAAUAAGUUUUUUUUGAUGAAUUGAAAAAAGUUCUGUAAGAAACAGAGAAGAAGAACCAAAUUCAAUGCUUCCUUGUCGCCGGCUUGUUCUUUCCUGCAAAAAUGGUGCAUCCAAUUUUCUCCGAAGGUCUGGACCAUCGAAACGAAUUCAGUCAUUCAAUUACAGUAAAUCAACAAGACAGGGCCAUGAAAUUCCAGAUGUUAACCCUCUAUUUCCUAUGGGAGGAGGAACUCAAGCUUCUUCUCGUUCCCGUGCUCGUUAUGCUGUUCCAGCGAUUGUACUUGGUUUUGCCGGAUUCAUCACCUUUCUUCAUUACAACGACGAAAGGAGAGCAGUUCCUAGAGGUCAAGCAAGCAGCAAUAGCGGUUGUGGAUGCGGUUCUAAUACAACUGUCAAAGGUCCAAUUAUCGGAGGUCCAUUUACGCUUAUGAGCACAGAAAACAAGAUAGUCACAGAGAAUGACUUUUGUGGUAAAUGGGUUCUACUCUACUUUGGAUACUCGUUUUCCCCGGAUGUUGGACCCGAGCAAUUGAAGAUGAUGUCCAAAGCAGUUGAUAAACUAGAGUCUAAACAUAACCAGAAGAUUCUGCCUGUCUUUGUCACUCUUGACCCUCAACGAGACACACCUUCUCAUCUCCACGCAUACUUGAAAGAGUUUGAUAGUAGAAUACUAGGACUAACUGGAGCUGCAAGUGCAAUGAGGCAAAUGGCACAAGAGUAUCGUGUCUACUUCAAGAAGGUUCAAGAAGACGGAGACGAUUAUCUCGUUGAUACUUCUCACAACAUGUACUUGAUGAAUCCGAAGAUGGAGAUUGUGAGGUGCUUUGGGGUUGAGUAUAAUCCAGACGAGCUCUCACAAGAGCUUCUUAAAGAAGUUACAUCUGUUUCACAAUGACACAUUUUGACCAAACACUAAAGAGAGAAACACUAGGAUGCUCUUUGAUUGUUUUCUUCAAUUGGUGAAUUUUAUUUCGUCGAUUUUGUUUGUUAAUCCUUCUUUAUUAUUGAAACAUGGCAAUUAGAUGGUAGAUCCAGCAAAGUCGAAACUUAUUGAUACUAUAAAAAUGCGUUGGGUUUUUUAAAUCCAAAAUUUCGCAUAUAGUAAUUUUUUAUUCUUCAA